CUGUGCCGGCUGUGUACGCCGUGGAGUAAAACAAGCGAACCCGCGUUGCCCACAUUGCACUGGUUUCGCUCCCGUGUAGUCUGUGACAUUAGCUUGACUGAGUAAGCUAGGUUUACAUUCAAUACAUGCGCCUUGUACGCUUGAGUAAAUAACAUUAGAAAUAAUGGCUGGAAGUGCGGGAGAGUGGUGUCUUAUGGAGAGUGAUCCCGGAGUAUUUACGGAGCUCAUAAAAGGAUUCGGCUGCAAAGGUGCCCAGGUUGAAGAGAUAUGGAGCAUGGAGCCAGAGAACUUUGACAACUUGAAGCCUGUCCAUGGGUUGAUUUUCCUGUUUAAGUGGCAAGCAGGAGAAGAGCCAGCUGGAUCAAUUGUGCAGGAUUCAAGACUUGACCAUCUUUUUUUUGCAAAACAGGUCAUUAACAACGCUUGUGCCACCCAGGCAAUUGUCAGCGUUUUGCUCAACUGCUCCCAUCCCGACAUGCUGCUUGGAGACACACUCGCUGAGUUCAGAGAGUUUUCACAGAGUUUUGAUGCUGCAAUGAAAGGUUUGGCUCUAAGCAACUCAGAAGUUAUCAGACAAGUUCACAACAGCUUUGCCAGACAACAAAUGUUUGAGUUUGAUGCAAAGUCCUCUGCAAAGGAUGAGGAUGCAUUUCACUUUGUGAGUUAUGUUCCUGUAAAUGGUCGACUUUACGAGUUGGAUGGACUUCGAGAAGGACCAAUUGACCUAGGUGUUUGCAACCAAGAUGAUUGGAUCAGUGCUGUCCGCCCAGUCAUUGAAAAAAGAAUACAAAAGUACAGUGAAGGGGAGAUUCGUUUCAACCUGAUGGCCAUCGUCUCAGACCGAAAAAUGAUAUAUGAGAGGAAGAUCGCAGAGCUUCAGACGCAGCUUGCUGAGGAUGAGCCAAUGGACACAGACCAGAGCAGCACAUUUCUAAGCUCCAUUCAGUCGGAGAUUGCCAAGUACCAGCUUCUUAUUGAGGAGGAAAAUCAGAAACUUAAAAGAUAUAAGAUUGAAAACAUUCGAAGAAAGCACAACUAUCUUCCCUUCAUUAUGGAGUUAUUGAAGACGCUGGCAGAGCACCAGCAGUUAAUACCUUUGGUGGAGAAGGCGAAGGAGAAACAGAACGCCAAAAAAGCCCAGGAGGCCAAGUGAUCAUGGUCACACUUACUGUAUUACAUACAUACACACACACUGGCCCUCAAACACAGAGGCCCGAAGGUCAUGAUCUUGCCUGUGAGCCACAUAGAUUCUGUACAUCUGCCAUAUACACUUCUGCAGCACUUCUUCACUGUGUUAUUGCAUCCAGACUUCCGAACUGUGUUGCAGGUGUAGCAGAGAGUGUUCAUCAGCUUCCAUGCAUGAUUGAAGAAGACAUGUUUAAACUGUCUUAUUUUCAUAAUAAAAGUGUCAUUAAAUUUGCUAA